AGUGUUUUUGUUGCAGGGUGUUUGAAGUACGGCCCAGUUGUCCGUCUCAAUGGCUUACACAAGGUUUUCAUACUUGUUACUGAUCCUGAAGGAAUAAAGGUAAGUACGGACCAGGGGCGGACUGACCAUUUGAGCACUCGGGCACUGCCCAAGGGCCCGGGAUCAGUAGGGGGGGGCCCCAUGAGAUUCCCCUGGUACCUUUUCAUAGGCUUUUUUUGGGUGUGGUUUUUGAGUGUGGAUGAGGACACGGGCCCCAUGAUCCCCCUAUUGCCCAGGGGCCCCAUGAGUUAUCAGUCCGCCCCUGUCCUGGACUGAAAUUUCUUCUUCUGAUUUC